AGGAAAGUAUAGGCGACGAUCCCCACUGAUGAGCUUGUUCGCUUGACUGCUUACACAGGAAAUCCUCACACGGUUUGCCGUCUUUGUAGCAGCUGGUAAGACGGCAUCAGUUGGUGCGUAAUGUCUGGGAUAUUGUGAGUAGACUUGGUUAUCUGUCUUAGCCUUCAACAAUCUGGAACAGCGCUCUUCUCACGCUAGCUGUACAUCUAACGGAGUGUGGUGAAAUACCGUAGUGCCGUCUUUGUUAUGUAGAAAGGAAUGGUAUAACUGUGUAGAGAUUAUUCAAAAAAUUUUGGAACCUUCCUUGAUAUAAAUACUUGUGUUUUGUUACAGUUUAAUAUAAUAAUAUUGCAAUAUCAAACUAUCGAUGGUAACUUUAUAAUUCGUUGAAUCACAUCUUGAUAAUUUUGCUAUUAUAUUUUGUACAUUAGCAAAAUAACAGUGUGCUAAUUUCCUUUUGAAAACUUGAGGUGUGAAUCAGUGCUCAUUUUUUAUUUGUCUUCCCUUACCAAAUUUUCUGUGUGAUUGAAACCGAACGAUAACUUUAUAAUUUAUACCGGACGUUUUCGUGGAUGGAGGAAAAUACUCAGAAAUCACUGGACAAAUGUACUGUUGAGAGUUUUUUUACAUAAAGCUCAAAACGCGUCCGAAAAAAACUAAGAAUAAAAAUAAAAAUAAUAUUUCUCUUCUGAACGAGAUUUUACAUCUCUAACCAAUGCCAUUGUGUAGUGGCUUGCUUAUCAAUCGUCAUCUACGAAAAAAUGGAGGUUACUUAACUAAGGAUCUUCGUCAGUACCUGAAUACUCAUUUUCAGAAAGGAUCUGAAAACCAUCAUUUCCAGAAUGCCAUCAAAGACAACCUCCAUCCAUUACAAUACAAUCAUUAUGACACUACCAACUCCAUGAGAGAGAGUUCCAUGUCUAUGCUACAGCAAACCAGUUCCAUUGGAAAUGUUGAUAGUGUUGUUCUUCCUGAUACUCAACCAUUUUCUGAAGGCAAGGAACAACAACAUUCUUUGAAUGCAGAAACAACAGCAGCUAAAAAUACAGACCCCACAGAAUUUGAUCUGUUGUCUAAUCACAAUAGUGCCAGGCCUUCCACACCCCAGUCUUUGAGAAAUUGUUACAAGAAUUUACAAGACAUGGAGCAGUCAGAUUCUUUAACUAAUCUUGGUUCUCUACCUGAAAAUUGGGAGAUAGCCUAUACAGAAUUUGGAGAAGUCUAUUUCAUUGAUCAUAACCAUGGCACAUCUCAGUGGCUAGAUCCGCGAUUAACUAGAAUUCAAAAGAAGGCCAUUCAGGAAUGUCACGAAGAUGAACUUCCUUAUGGAUGGGAGAAAAUAAAUGACCCUCACUAUGGAACAUAUUUUAUAGAUCAUGUAAAUAGAAGGACACAGUAUGAAAAUCCAGUAUUACAUGCAAAGUAUGGAAUAAAUGAUGGGUGUACCAUAAGGUGUAGAUCACUCUGUGUCUUCACUACCAACCCAGAAGAACUUAAAGGAGAGAUUCAUGAAACAUCACUUGUCAAAAGUUCUCAAGGUUUUGGUUUCACCAUAGUUGGUGGGGAUAACGGAGAAGAAUUUUUACAAAUUAAAAGUGUUGUGCAAAAUGGGCCAGCCUGGAAGGAUGGUAAACUACAAACAGGGGAUGUACUUGUAUAUUUAAAUGACAAGUGUGUCCUGGGACUCACACCUGAAGAUAUGGUGGAACUCUUUCAGUCCAUACCUCCUGGAAAUACUGUCCACUUAGAAGUUUGCAGAGGUUAUCCCUUACCCUUUGACCCAAAUGAUCCAGACACAGAAAUAGUGACUACAGAUGCUGUGACAGCUUGUAACACACUAUAUGCUGAUGGGAAGAUGCAUUUUUCUGGCUUGAACAAAUCAAAAAUGAACAACUCUCAACUUUCAGGGGUUGAAGUGGAGUCAGUGGGAUGGUCUAGCCAGUCAGUAACUGACCUCAGUACUGAUCAAGUUGAUCAACAGCACUCUCAGAGGUACAAUUGUUCAGAUCUUCAAAAUUCCAGCGAGGUGGGAAAUGCCCCCGAUAUCCUGGAUUUUAACCCUCAGAGUCCACACAGGCCAGAAUUGUUAACAUUAGAGAUAAUAAAGGGUGAUGGAGGAUUUGGUUUUACAAUUGCAGACAGUGCUUAUGGGCAAAAGGUGAAGAAAAUUCUAGAUAAGCAACGAUGUAAGCUGUUACAAGAGGGAGACAUCUUAGUAAAGAUUGGCAAUCAGGAUAUAACUGGACUUACACAUGCUAAGGUAGUGCAGUUACUGAAAGACUUCCUAUGUGGGGAUCAGGCAUGCAUCACUAUACGACGAGGAGGAAGUGCCUCCCCCAUCAAAGGAAAGGAGAAAGUUUCAAAGAACCCUGGUGGUAUUCGUAAAUCAGCAAACAGCUCCAUCUCACAUUCCCUACUGAUUAACUUUUCGGAAGGACACCUUCCAUCUGUUUCUGGAGCACAUCGAAGUAAAACUCCAACAGCUGACCUCUACAGGUCCAAAGACAAAGAAACUAUCUACAUUAGUCGACCAAAAACUCCACUUGUUGAUUCUAGGAAUUGGGAACGGUCUACAAAUAGUGAAAUACUUGCAUCUUGUGAUUCAGAAAAUGUGUUGAAUGCUAGAACUACUGGUAAUAUGAGUGUUACCUCCUGUGAUAAAUAUAAUACUUACUCUGGAAUGCUAAAAGAAAUGGUUCUGAGUGGCUCAUCUACAGCUGUUACUGAGAACACUGGUUCUGGUGAUCACAGUCAAGAAUCUUACUGGAAUGAUCACAGCUGUACAGAGUUGGGUAUGAAUACUAGUGAGGAGGAUAGGGAGCAUGAACUGUUGUAUGCAUGCACAUCUCAUCACAAUGGAAAUUUUAAUAGAAAUAUAAAGUUAGACCUGAAAAAUCCUAUCUACUCAAAUAUUCCCAGUUCUCAUAGUGAAAGGUCAGAUAAUGAGGGUUUCUCUACUUUGUCAUAUCAUAGUAGGACAAAUGUUCACAGUUGUGGUGAUAUGGACAAUCAGGAUCUUAACUGUAUAGUUAACAACAGCAAGACUGCCAACAACAGAAGUAGUUCAGGCUGUUCUAAUAGUUCAAACAAGGGUUUGUCAAACAACAGAACUUUGUCAUACAGGAGGAAUGGAAGUAUUUCAGGAGAAUUUCUACAUGAACAUAGUCCACGGGACUAUUUCCAAACACUAUCUGGUGAAGAAACAGAAUCUGUUUACUCAACUGUACCUUCUAAUAAAUAUAGAGUAGGCUCUCAGAAUGACAGCCAGACUCAACAAAAGUAUGAAACUUCAACUGAGUGUGAGCAACCUGAGGCUACAGCAUUGUAUUGUGCACCAAGGGACACCAUUUCCACUUACAGUAGGCCUAGUCUUAAUUCAUUUGGUGCAACUGUUCCAAGAUCACCACCUCUUGGAUGGAGCACAGAUUUUCUUGAAAUGACCAUAACACUUGUCAGAAAAGAGAGUGGUUUUGGUUUUCGUAUUGUAGGAGGAACAGAGGAGGAUUCGCAGGUGUCUGUUGGUCAUAUUGUGCCCGGUGGAGCUGCAGAUAUGGAUGGACGUCUCCAUUCAGGUGAUGAAAUAGUCUUUGUUGACAGUCAAGUGGUCAUCAGUGCAUCACACCAUCAAGUAGUUCAGUUAGUGAGAAAUGCAGCACUAAGUGGUAGAGUAACACUGAGGAUCAGAAGACGAGUAUCAUCUUUAGAGCCUUUAAAUCACACCAAAUCAACUGAAAAAAUGUAUCCAUAUGACAUCACUCUCACAAGAAAAGAGAAUGAAGGAUUUGGAUUUGUUAUAAUUUCUUCUGUAGGCAAAGCAGGAUCAGCAAUAGGGAGAAUUGUUCAACAAAGUCCAGCAGAACAUUGUGGAGAACUUCAGGUUGGGGAUUAUAUUCUGGCUAUAAAUGGUAUAAGUAUUUUAAAUAUGCACCAUGAAGAGAUUGUGGGCCUGAUUAAAGCUUCUGGUUGUACAGUUGUACUCACCAUUGGUCCUCCUCAAGGUGACACCUCCAGUACAACAUCAUCAUCACAAAGGGGAGAUGAGCAAUCAACUGACCAUGUUAGUGAAUACUAUUCUGUUGAGCUUCACCGUGGAUCUCAAGGUUAUGGCUUUAGCAUUCGAGGUGGAAAGGAAUUCAAAAACAUGCCUCUCUUUGUGCUGAGGAUAGCAGAAAAUGGACCAGCACAGCAAGAUAACAGACUCCAGGUUGGUGAUCAGUUAAUUGAAAUUAAUGGAAUCAACACCAAGAACAUGACCCAUGGAGAAGCUACAGAGCUUAUUAGACAGAGCAAUAACAGUGUUAGAUUAUUAGUCAAGAGGGGAGCAAAUUUGCCAUGUGGGUUUGUUGACCAGCCAAGUCCACUGAAUAUCUCAGCUUCAGCAAUGUCAUCACUGCCUACGAUACUUAAUGGACCAAUUAGCCAAAGCUCUCCUCGAGGACCCUCUCAAUCAGAUGGUACCAUGAGAAAUGUAGACCUGUGGAAUUAUGAUAUCUAUUCAUGAGAAGUUGAGGGAUAAGUUAAUAUUUUCUUGGAGAAGCAAUUACUUUGUUACAUAAUAAUAAUCUGAUGAACUUGUAUUGUUAGUUGCCAGAAGUUGUAGAGUAAUGUUGAUCAACACAGUCAAAUGAAUACAAAAAAGGUAGUGUUCACCAAAACGAUUAAAGAUAAUCAAAUUUGGUGUGGAAUAGUGGCCUAAUGUGUUGAAUCAUGAAGAUUGUUGGUGUGUGACUUUGAGUGCUUUUUCAUCAUGGGAAUAUUCAAAAACAUUAAAAAGUUUGUGAAAGCUGCCAACACUGUCAUUAGUUAAUGAUAUUAUAUCUGCCACAUACAUAAAUGUUUAGAUGAUAUUUCUACUUAAGUUAUUAGUGCUACUUCAAUUAUUAUUACUAUUUAGAUUAUUGUUGCUAUUGGAUGAUCAUUGCUAUUUGUGUGUUCACUUCUAUUUGAUGAUUAUUACUGUGGAAUGAUUAUAAUGUUUGAUUAUUAUUGUUUAGAUGAUUGUUAUACUUGGGUGUUCACUUCUGUAUGAUGAUUAUUACUUUUUGGAUGUUUGUUACUACUUGGAUGGUCACUUCUUGAAUAUUUUAUUUUUGUAUCUUAGAUGCUUGUUACUUCUCUGAUGUUUGAUUAUUACUGUUUGGAUGAUUGUUACUACUUGGAAGUUUACUGCUGUUUAGAUAUUCACUUCUAUUUGACGAUUUUCACUUUUUUGAGGAUUGUUAAUACUUGGAUGUUCAGUGCUAUAUGGGUGACCACUGCUGAUCUACAAGGCCCAUCAGAGAAGGGGGGUUCCUGGGAAGGGAAGGAAGAGGAAAAGGAAAGAAAGACAGACACACAAAAACAUACACUUUGGUAGUAUCUUAGACCCAGUAAAAAAAAUUUAGCUUUCAUUGCAUCUGAUGAUAAUUGAAGAACUGAUUGACCUGAACUCAUAUUCAUUGUGAUGUUUUAAAGCUUACUGAUAUGUAUUUCAAUGAUACGAUUCUUAGCAAAUUUGUUUUUACAGCUUUUAUGCUAUGCCAACUUUAAAUGCUAGUUGUAAAGGUGGUUAUAGUGAUAGGGGUGAGAAAGGAGCUUAGGUAAAAACAGUAGGAUUAGACUUGGGAAAGUAAACUUUGAAAGAGAGAAAAAUUGUACCAAAACUUUGGCUGAUAGGAAGCAAUUGGGGGCAUGGAAUUUCUCUGACAGGCUUUGCUGAUAUAGCAUGACUAUGGAAGUAUCCACUGAUUUCAGGAGGCAUAAAAAAUAUUAUUAUUUUUCUUUGUUGAUAUGUACAGUUCUUACUCUUGUGUGUUUCACAUGAGACAAUUAUCAUUCGUUGAUUGCAUAAUGUUAAAAUAGACUAACUUUUGUAACUGGUCAAAUUCCAUUAUUUCUUUGGACAGUAAUGAAUAUGAAACCCAAUCUGUCAUUUGAUUCACCAUUUGUCACUCCAUUUACUGGUUUCACAGAAUUAUAACACGCAUGAGUAACACUAGACAAAGCAAAUUGAAAAACAAGACUAUACUUUUUAUAGUGGGAAACUUGUUAUAUGUAUGGUGUUUUUAAGUUCUAUAAAAAAUAGAGGUUCACUUUAGUGAGUAAAAGACAACUGAAAACACCAUACAUAUAACAUACAGUUUAGACAAUGUCUUUUAUAUAUAUAGCAACACUAAAUUUUCAGAUUGCAUUUGUGCCAGCGUUUAGUUUUGAAAAGUGUUUGGUUCUUCUGUAGACUAAAAUAAUAUUCUGAAUUGAGCUUUCUGUGAACUUUUCAUCUUGUUAUCUCUGCUAUGAAUCCAUGCUAAGUAGAAGAGCUAUAGUAUUUGUCUAUCAUUUUGUAUUACUGAUGUUAGCUUUGUAUUUUCAGUUUGGCUGCAUUAUUUUGUAAAUGGUGGAUGUGCAUACAACUUCAUAUCCAUAUAUUAGUGUUUUACUACUAAAUAAGUUAAAAUUUUAAGUCAGUUAAGAAAAAGUAGGUGUGAGAAUGACUGUGCAUAUUGCUCUUGUUGUCAAUGUUAAAUGUAAAUUCAUUAGUAAAGUUAAAAGCAUUUAUUAAAAAUGUAUUUCAAGGUGGAAACAACUUAAAAGGUAUUUUAAGGACUGUGUAAAUAGAUUUACCUGUGAUGCAUUUUUGUAAACAUUUAAUGCUGAGAUAUGUGUGUGUUUUCUCAUAAGUUAAUUUGUACUUUUAGUAAAUUAGAUGAGUGAUGAUCAAAAUGUUUGACAUUUUGUAACAAGUGAUUAUUGCAUACUGCUUGAAAAUAAAAAUUUUGUAUU